AUGGCCGCAAUGUCCAUAGACUCCCUCCCAAAUGAGAUUCUUUUGCUCAUCGUAGGAAACCUCGAAAACAUAGUUCCCCGCUCUCCAGGCGACAUCAAAGAACUAGAAUACAAGCGAGCGUCUUCAGAUAACGUUGGACAAUACCGGCCAUUGGUACCCUUCAGCCACCACCGCAUUCGCAAGGACCCAGGGAGAAGAAAUGACAUCCUCAACAUGGCGCGGGUCAACCGCCGGUUCUCGGACAUCUGCGCCGAAGUUCUGUACCAGCGUAUCGUCGUUUUCGAGGACCGCUGGUGUACGAAGUCGCGCAGCCUAAGGAACACACUGGCCGGAUCGGGUGCCAAGCUCCAGCAAAAGGUCACACAUCUGCUGGUCGACUAUUCCGACCAUUUCCAGCAUGGGGAAUGGUCAAUGAUGAAUCCGCUGAACCUCUCCGGACUGAGGACCCUCGAGCUGGCCGGCCACGAAAACUCCGUAAAGAGGAUCCCGUCACAGCCCCUGGCCCACUGGUUCCGCAUCAUCCCCAAGCUUUCCGGUCUCGAGCGUCUGGGGUUCUGGGGCUUUUACAACUUCCUUCAUGACUUUCAGGCCGCAAAGAUGCCCGUCUUGCCGCGUAUCACGGACCUGUGUCUACACGACUGUGACCUUGCCGUGGGCAGACUCAACCCGAGGGAGGAUUCCGCGGUGGCGUGUGACUUCUUCGGGCGCUUCCCGGCGCUGCGCAGCCUGGCCAUCACGGAAACGGGGCCGGGGUGGUUGAGGGUCGACUCCGCGAUGGCAUACCCCCUUCAGGCCUCUGAGCUCAGGGCGGUGAAGCAUUUGAAGGUGCCGAGCCUCCUGGAGCUCAUGUGCGGCGGCGUCGACGGCGAGUUUGAAAAGACUGUCGAGACGAUUGAGCUCAUCGACCCCGACUUUGACCUGGGCCAUGCGCCCCGGGUGCUGAGGGGCGGUGUGUUGCAUGGACCCGUCUCGUACAGUUGGCGGCCUGUUCGAAUCAUUCGGGAGCUGCUCAAGUUCCUGGUGGGACAAUGCCGGGACGUGUACCAGCGCGUUCGGGUCCUUGACAUUCGGAGCAUCAAUGAGGUGGUUCUCAGGUUUCGGUAUAGAAUGACGGAAGAAAAGGAUGACAUACGUGGUGUCGUGGCGCGUUUCGCAAAGAUUUUCGAGGAGGAACUUGGCGUUGUUUUGUUGCAUUCCUUAUCCUGA